AUUAAUCAAUUGCGUGGCUUUCCUGUAGGUGAAACGGCGAGAUUUCCGUCGUAAUAGUGCACACGUUUGGUUACGGCUGGCAAAUCCAGCUACUCUGUUCAAUUUCUUCUCCGAGUUGACAAUUCCGACCGUCGGCAGACGCCUAUGAAGCUUCAAACUUGAAAUACUGAUAAAUUACUCUUUACAUUCAUUUUCAAUAAUGUCUGCAGUAAGAUAUUUACAGCCAUUUGGGACUUCUCUGGCCUCUCCUUACUUCCAUCUCUCUCGUUCCACAAUCCCAUGUGUAGCAAAUUCAGAUACCUGUUUCUUUUUCUUCAUAAUUUGUUGCAGUUGAUGGAAAAUUUGCACCUUUGAAGACCUUCAUGAGAUGCCUAAAGCCUCAGGUGUACAGUCGGGUGUCAAAGUCCGCUGGGGGAUCUAAUUUUGAGACAUUCCACCAUUACUUUAGAAAAGUGCAAAAUUCAGGGCGCAGUUACACUUUAUGGAGUGCAUUUGGUUUAUCGGCUUUGCUUGGAUCUAUUAAGCUUUCUCCUCGCAUUGCAUAUUCUUCUGAUGGUCUUGAUGGUCUAUUGGAUGAACAUCAUUUGGGCUUGUUCGGUGAUUCAGAUACUGAAGAAGGUCGUCGAUCUCUCUUAAUGACUUUAAGGAAGCUGUUGGUUCCUCUCUUGUUUGUGAUUACUGUGUUGAUGAACUGGGGUCAUCCAAUAAUUAUUGCAGCUAAAGUCACUAUUAUUCUUCUUACGACAAAGCCAAGCCCUUUAUCAGUUUAUGUCCUUGUCGAACAGUUGCGACAUCAAGCAGUUCGCCAACAACCAUUCAUCUAUAAGUUCAAGUCAUUAUAUGCAAAGAAAGUUGAAGUUGCAGAUUAUCUGUUUCUCUCUGUGGCUAAGGUCGAACUAAAAGAUCAGGAGUUUACUCUUGUUGGAAUUCUGGGGAGUUGGUGGCUUUUGCCCCUAUCUUCAUGGCAAGAGGCGUCGUCUCUGCUUAAGAGCAAAAUUUUGAAGAAUUUAAGCUAAGAUUUCUAUUAUUUCUGGAUUCAUCUAUAUGUGUUCUAACGGAAAGCCAAAAUCUGUGGGAGUAAUCGAGCUUAUAUUACUCCAAUUGAUGGAGCAAUAAGCUAGCUCUUUAAUUUCCCCUGAACUGAGCUCAACGAUCGGUUUAUAUCUUUCUAGACAUGUGACGGUGACGCCUUCAAAAUUUUCAAACAUGUGCCUUACCUCAGCCUUUGGCGUAAAUUGGUUCUUCUAUUGUCAUUUCGUUGUUUUGGGUAAAUAGAGGAGGAGAGUUUGGCUAUCUGAAGUGUUAGCUCUGCUUACUGUGCACGGAGUUGUUAUUAGAAGCUUUGACUUCGUCGCUUAAAGCAAUGAAUCGAUCCAAAACGAGAGUUUAUUACUUCAUUGGUGAAGCGAUUAAAUUGGACUAAUAUUGUUUUUGGGAGGCUGAUGUUAGUUAUGUUUAUUGCAAUUUACUAAAUUCUUAUAUAUUUGCUACUUUCUAAUGUUCAUAAAUUGUACACUUCCCUUCUUACUUUU